UGUGCUCUUGUCAGGUCUCGCAGCCUCACUCGGAUACGGAGCUGCUACUGAGCUCCUGAAACGCACCACUCACUCCGAUGAGAAACACUCGCCUUCGCUCAUGUUGACCGAGGGUAACAUCAAGCGGCUCGUCGCGAAGCUCACGCAGCUGCGCGGUGCGGCGCUGAAGCUCGGACAGUUCAUGAGCAUACAAGACAGCCACGUCCUUCCGCCUGAAAUCGAAGACAUCUUCCGCCGGGUACAAGACAGCGCACACUACAUGCCCGACUGGCAAAUGGAGGAAGUCCUCCGCACAUCUCUAGGUCCCUCCUGGCAAGACAACUUCGAUACCUUCGACCGCCUCCCAUUCGCAGCGGCGUCCAUCGGCCAAGUGCACUCCGCAGUGCUCGCAGCGCACGAUUCACCCACCGGCAAGCCCACGAAGGUCGCCGUCAAGAUACAAUUCCCGAACAUCGCCAACUCAAUCGAGACGGACCUCGGGUACGUCAAGAUGCUCCUGACGGCCGGGCGGCUCCUCCCGAAGGGUCUCUUCCUCGACAGGACGAUCCAGGUGAUGAAGGCCGAGCUCGCAGACGAGUGCGACUACUCCCGGGAGGCAGGGUUCGCGAGGCGGUUUGGGGCGCCGGACCACCUGGGGAGCGACGCGCGCUUCAAGGUGCCGUGGGUGUGGGACGGGAGCACAGAACGUGUGCUGGUGAUGGAGCAUGUCGAGGGUGUGAGCGUCGGUGGCGCCAUCAUCAACUCGCUGAGCCAGGAGGACCGCAAUCAUAUCGCGACGGGCGUUAUCGACCUCUGCUUGAAGGAGCUCUUUGCGUUCCGUCUCAUGCAGACGGACCCGAACUGGACGAACUUCCUGUGGAACCAGCGUACGCGCCAGAUUGAGCUCGUCGACUUCGGCGCGACGCGCGAGUACUCGAAAGAGUUCAUGGACAACUGGAUGCACCUACUGCAAGCCGCCGCCUCUGACGACCGCGACGCGUGCAUCGCGUGGUCGCUCAAGCUCGGGUACCUCACCGGCGAGGAGAACGAGAUGAUGCUCGAUGCGCACGUCCAGUCGAUGGCGCUGCUCGCCACGCCGUUCAAGGCGAGCACGCACCAGCCCAUGUCCUUCGGGCCCGGUUCGCAGUGGGCGGACAUCACGGCCCAGAUCAGGGAGCAGAUCCCGGUCAUGCUCCAGCACCGGCUCACGCCGCCACCGAGGGAGACGUACAGUCUCAAUAGGAAGCUGAGCGGAGCAUUCUUGCUUGCUGCACGGCUGAACGCUGAGGUCGACUGCAAGACGUUGUGGGACCGGACAGUAGAGAACUACACGUUCAGUGACGAGACACCGCCAUGACGCAACUCGCCCAUGCUUGAAAAUAGAACAACACAAUAUCGUACGCCAGCGUAGUGUAAUUUUGUCGUUGUGCGGCCAGGGGGUGGCUAGAGAUUGUUGAAACCUCCGCUUUCAUCGCGUUUCGUGUCUAGGACGUG